AUGGCGGACCGUCACCAAAACCAAACACAAACCCAGCAACAGCAACCGCAGAGAGCCCCAAGACCCACCAACACCAACAACCCGGCCUCUACAAAUGCUUCCACAUUCCUACGUAGACUCCAAGGACAUGCCCCGAACUCAACCCAGCUCGUCGGUUUCUUGACGCUCCUCGUCUCCGGCGCCAUUCUCCUCCUCCUCACCGGCCUCACCGUCACCGCCACAAUUCUGGGCCUGAUCUUGUUCACGCCUCUAAUCAUCAUCUCCAGCCCCAUAUGGGUCCCAGUCGGCGGCCUCCUCUUCCUGAUCGUCGCCGGGUUCGUCUCCAUGUGCGGGUUCGGAGCGGCGGCGGUGGCCGUUUCAUCUUGGAUGUACAGGUACUUCAAGGGAAUGCACCCGCCCGGUUCGGACCGGGUCGACUAUGCGAGGAGCCGGAUUUACGACACGGCGAGCCAUGUGAAGGAUUAUGCUCGAGAGUACGGUGGGUAUUUGCAUAGUAAGGUGAAGGAUGCUGCUCCUGGAGCUUAA